GCUCGGCGCGCGCGCUGCCGGGGGACCGGGGCUGGCAACGCGCGCGCGCGCUCGCUGGCUCGCUCCCGGCGGGACUCAGGGUUGCGGUGCGCGUGCACCCCGGGGGACCGCCGCCUGAGGGAGCUCGGUGCCCAGUGUCCUCAUACACACACUCACUCCCUCCCUCCCUCCCUCUCCCCACCCACAUCCCGUCUCUGUCCCGCUCCCGGUGCCGCCGACGAGUCAUGUCCGUGCAAAGCCACCGGCUGCCUCUGGGAUUAAUCGGGUUUUGAAAGUGAUUGGAAAGGAAAAUCGGAGAGCGGGAGGAACCGAGUGACGAGGGGGGAGAGUGAGUGCCCCCUUCUCCUCCUCCCGCAGCCCCGCGCCGCGCCGCACCGCACCGCACAUCACUGUGUCCGCUCUCCCCUCAUUGUUUUGUCUGCUCGUAGCUGUAGCCGCCGCGCGGGAGAGGAGAGGACAAGUGGCCUGCAUUCCCCCCACCCUCUACUGUUUGUGGAUGUACAAAGAUGGAGACGGGCAUGGAUAAGGAAUGCGGAGCUCUCGGUGGGCUCUUUCAGGCGGUCAUCAAUGACAUGAAGGGCCUGUGAAUGAGCUGUCCUGCGCAGUGGAGCCAGCAGAAUAUAGCUGGGCUACAGAAACAAACCGGGAGGUCAACAGAUUAAAGAUGGAAUCUAUUUUUACACAGAUUCGCAGUAAUGAAGACUCAAAGGAUCAUACCCAAUCUGGGAGGACUUCAAUGCCAAAGCCGCCAAACUCCACUCCCAGCUCAGGACCACUGUACUGGCAGCAGCUGCCUUUUUGGAUGCGUUUCAAAAAGUGGCAGACAUGGCAACGAACACACGAGAUGGAAAUCUGCUCCCCCCACCCACCCCCACAAGCCUCAAAGUGACUGAAGACACGAGUCACCGCAGUUGUUCCUAGGUACCUUCUAGGGCCAGGCUGGGAUUUCGAGACAGCUGAGCCAGGUGCCACGCGGGACAUCGGCUCAGCAUUGACCCGAAUGUGUAUGAGACAUCGCAGUAUCGAGGCCAAGCUCCGGCAUUUCACCAAUGCCUUGAUGGAAAGCCUGAUCAACCCCUUACAGGAGAGGAUAGAGGACUGGAAAAAGUCUGUCAACCAGCUGGACAAGGACCAUGCCAAAGAGUACAAACGAGCUCGACACGAGAUAAAGAAGAAAUCGUCUGACACUCUCAAGCUCCAGAAGAAGGCACGGAAAGAGCUCCUUGGUAAGGGUGACCUCAGGCCUCAGGUGGAGAACGCCGUGCAGGAUGUGAACGACAUGUACCUGUUGCUGGAGGAGAUGGAGAAGCAGGCCGUGCGGAAGGCCCUGAUCGAGGAGAGGGGCCGAUUUUGCACGUUCAUCACCUUUUUACAGCCCGUGGUGGAUGGGGAGAUCGCGAUGCUGGGUGAGAUCACGCACCUCCAGGCAAUUGUUGAUGAUCUUGUCAUCCAGACAGCAGAACCACAUAAGCUGCCUCCAGCCAGUGAGCAGGUGAUUAAGGACCUGAAGGGCUCUGACUAUAGCUGGUCCUACCAGACUCCACCAUCUUCCCCCAGCAGCUCGAGCUCCCGGAAAUCCAGCAUGUGUAGCAGUGUAAAUAGUACAAAUAGCAGCACUUCGCGCUCCAGCGGAUCCCAGACUCACUCGCCAAGUUCAAACUACCGCUACCGCAGUUUGGCUCAGCCCGCCAGUUCCAGCACCCGGCUCUCCAGCGUCUCUUCACAUGAUUCUGGCUUCAUAUCCCAGGAUGCCAUGUACUCCAAGCCACCGUCACCCAUGCCGUCAGAUAUAACCAGUCAGAAGUCAUCGAGCUCAGCUUCCUCCGAGGCAUCAGAGACCUGUCAGUCGGUCAGCGAGUGUAGCUCACCCACCUCGGUUAGUUCUAGCUCCACGGCUGGAGCCUGGUCAGGUGGUGAAAAGGUGAAUCACCCAUACUCAUCGCUAAUUCCCUCCCACCCGGGCUCGAGGAUCCAGCAAGUAAAUGCCAUACAGCACAGUCGGGAUAACUUGGUUAAUCCACAGUCCAUGUGCUUGGGGCCCAUUCCCACCCCUCAUUUUGAUACUUUCAUGCCUGGUUAUGUACAUUGCCAUCUUCCUAGUGAGUGCUGUUCACCUGCGUUAUUUGGCUGUGCUCCCACCAUCCCUGACACCAGGUCGCGUGCUGGGCCUGGCCCUGCUGUUUUCUCUGAUAACCCUUCCUUUAACCACCCCCUUCGAACUAGCCCUGCCUCAUCGAUUCCUAGCUGGAAGGACUGGUCGAAGCCUGGGCCGUAUGACCAGCCAGUAGUGAACACUUUACAGAAACGCAAGGAGGCAGUCGAGCGGUACCGCGAAGCUGAAGCGGUCUCGGCUGCCGUGGUCUAUCCAGGAAUCAGCAUCGAGGAGGGACAGAGGCCUCGUGUGACUGCAGCAUCACUGGCUGCUAAGCAUGGGGAGGAGAUCUCCACGGCGGCCAGUGACCUGGCCAUGGUGCUGACUCGUGGCCUGAGCCUGGAGCACCAGAAGAGCAGCCGUGACUCCCUGCAGUACUCAAGCGGUUACAGCACCCAGACCACAACGCCUUCCUGCUCCGAAGACACCAUCCCUUCUCAAGUGUCAGAUUACGACUGCUACUCCGUCAAUGGCGAUGUGGAGGCAGAUCACCAGAGUGAGUUCGACAGGUCAUCGACCAUCCCACGGAACAGUGAUAUCGCACAGAGCUACCGCAGGAUGUUCCAGGCCAAACGGCCGGCCUCAACGGCUGGGCUGCCCUCAGGUAUCGUGUCGGGGCCCUCAGGGGUGACCCCCGGGGUGGCCACAAUCAGGCGCACCCCCUCCACCAAGCCCUCUGUGCGGCGUGCCCUCUCCAGCGCCGGCCCUAUUCCCAUUCGCCCGCCUAUCGUGCCGGUGAAGACGCCCACUGUGCCGGACGGCCAGCUCGCCACCCGGGUGGGCAGUGACGAGAGUGUAUUUCUCAUUGACGACGCCUCGCCCGGCACCCUGGAGCACGCCAAGGCCUCGCCCAAGCGGCUGAGCCUGCCAAAUGCAGCCUGGAGCGGGGCCACUGCGGAGAUCUCCGUCUACCCGGGAGGCCACAUGUCGAGUGAGGAGCAGCAGCAGCUGGCUGCCAACCGCCACAGCCUGGUGGAGAAGAUCGGCGAGCUGGUGGCCAGUGCCCAGGCUCUGGGUGAAGGACAGUUCCCCUUCCCCUCGGUGCCCCCCGCCUCUGACGACAGCUUGGGCCUCCCACUGCCCCCUGUCUCCCCCAGCGAGGCCCCUGAAGAUAUGCUCACUGCCAUCCGCCGGGGCGUCAAGCUUAGGAGGACCAUCACCAAUGACAGGUCUGCACCCAGGAUUUUGUGACGGCGGGACCUGGGGCUCCAGGACUGGCUGGUACUGGCAGGAAAGGAGGUCGAGCUGGGCCGCAAAGUCUCCUAAAAUGAACCCUGUGUAAUACGAUGAGAAGAUCGAACCAAAAGACUCUGAACUCUUACUUAACAAAUCUGGUUUCCAAUACAGUGCCAUGAACUACCUUAAACCAAGCAAGAACAACCUACUGGUGUGGCGGAACAGAAUAUUUUAAAUUAAGAUGUGGCAGGUUUUAAAUGCGUGUAUUAUGUUCGUUAAAAGAGGAAUUUAACAUUUUGUUCUUUAAGAUAUUCUAUCAGCCGUUUACUGACUCACUGUGUGACUCUUUUUUAGCUUUUGCCGUAUUUGACGCAAUGCAGAAAUGUUCUCUUAACGUGCUCCGUGUAGCUUCAAACACUGUGGUGAUUUGCGGUCAUCUUCAAUGUGCGUCAGUCGUCAAUAUGCAGCCCCGGAGUCGCAGAGAAACGAGAGGGUGGGGUGGAAUUGGGCGGGGGAGGAUGUCCCAAGGGGAGAAAUAGUCUGCUGGUUCAGAGGAAGAGGUGCAGGUUGCAAGUUCCUUCGGUGCAUCGCGCUUCCCUUGCAUUCAUUCAUGUUGUUGGGGCUGCUUCAAGAUCAUUUUUGAAUAUUAGACUGCUCCCCAUUCUAACCAACUUGAAGCUGGAAGUUCUCUGUCUUCUAGUGAGUCCCAGUGUUCUUCACUUUCGCAAUUGGAUUUUUCUGCAUCCGAUUGUCCAAGCAGCUGACCUUUGCAAUACAAAAAUUGAACCUUUGCAGUCCUGCUGAAUGGUACAAAUGGAUUUUGGUCUCUUCUAUGGUAGACUUACUUGGACACUUGUAGACUAAUGUGACAUUUUCUUUAAAAAGUACUAAUUUAGUGAUUUCCAAUUGAAAAGGCACCUCCGACUGGUAAAGACGGGUAAGUCUGAAUCAGGAGGUGGAUCUAACAGUUCAGUCACUGUCUGUUACCCUUUUAGCAGUCUUACCUGUUGGAUAUUUAUUUGUAAUAGACUGUCUUUUCAUUUUUGGGGAAGCAAGCGGAGUGAUAUCUUGGGGUUGCAUCUACCAUAGCCUUUCAUUGAUGUAGAAUUGGCCAGCGAAAAUGGUCAUGUCCCCUGAUCUCCAGAAAAGAGAUAGAGAUUUGAUGCACAAUUAUCCUCACUGGGGAAUGUUGGUGGAGAACAGCAUCCACUGAAAACCUAAUCCAGCUUUAUUUGCCAAUAUAGUUACCCAGAAACCUGCCAAACUUUCUCAGAAUGAUUGCAGGCCUGUCUAAGGGUAACUUCCUUCUAGAUUGUGCGCUGAGUUUUUUUUUGUCUUGAGGCAAUGGGUGAAAAAGAAAAAAAACUGUUCAUUAAAACCGGCCUUUCAGGUUGUUGUUGAUUUGGUGAACAAAGCAGUCCAGCCAGUAAGGUUUAUUAUUGUGUGUGACUCACCUCCUGCAUGAAAGGUGCAAUUUCUCCCACAAAAGUGUACGCUCUGCUGCUUGUUCCAGAGCCAAAAGUGACUACUAUUUAUACAGCAAAAACAAGUCCCGGGAUGAUUUCAUAGAGUUGUACAGCACAGAACCGGGCAGUCGUUCGGCCCAUCACAACCAUGCUGACCAUUUCCCCCAUACUAGUGUACCAGUUUAAGGACUGUAUCCUUCUACACUUUGCCUAUUUAAGUGUCUGUUUAAGUACUUGAUUGUAUCUGAUCCCAUCACCUCCCCUGGAAGCACAUUCCAGAUAUCUACCACUCUCUCUGUGUAUCAAAAGAUCCCUUUUAAAAUUCCCACCUCCCACCUUAAAUCCAGGCACUCUUGUUUUUGAUACUCCUAUCAUGGGGAAAAAAGACUUUGACUAUCUACCCCAAGUCUACCCUAAGACCUUACAUACAUCAGCCAGGUUAUCCCUCAACCUCCUUCAUUUCGGGGAAAGCAAGCCUAGACUAUUCAAUCUCUUUCCCAUGAGUGAACUCCUGCAAUCUUGAGGAAUCUCCUCUCUACUUUCUUUAGCAUCAUCACAGCUUUUCUAUGGUGUGGUAGCCAGAACUGAACAAUAUUCUGAAUGCAGCAUUACCAGUGUUUUGUGAAGGUGCUACAUAACAUGUCAACUCUUCUGUUCUGUGCCCCAACCCAGGGAGGCAAGCAUGUAUUUGCCACCUUCACCACUGUAUCCAGGGUGAAUACACCAAAUUUAGCAAGCAAAGCAGAAAUACUCCCGCCAAGUCACAUUCAGAGCUUUUAAGGUGGAAGAUGAAAUCUUUAGCCAAAAAGGUAGGUUUUAAGGAGCAUCUUAAAGUGCAAAUAGUGGUAGAGUUGCUUAGUAGGAAUUCCAGAGUUUAAGUUCUUGACAAGCAGAGGUGGAACAAUUAAAUGUGGGCAUUCUGGAGAGCGGAGCUGGUGAUGUGUGGAUAAAGAUCAUAGCAGGAUCUUGGAAGGUAUGGGAACAGGAAUGUGAGAAUGUAAGAUCAAGGCAUUACUUAACCAAAGUCCAGAGAAGGUCAUCAUCUGAGGGGUGAAAGGAACUUGGUGCAAGUUAGGUCACAAGGAGAUUUGGAUUGGUUCCUCUUUGUGGAACGGAGGUCAUUUGGAACAGGGAGGGUAGCAAAGGCUUUAGUUAGUCUUCGAAGUGUGUGGUGACCUAUCCAACUGAAUCCUCCUGGAGGAGGAGAUUUCUGCUGUAGUUGGUUGAAACAGAUAACAUCAAGGAUUUGGAUAUGUUUGUUCAUGUCGAUGGCGUGCACUCAGUCUCACUCUCCCCCUCCCUCAGAAGGGCAAAAUCCUCAAUCCCUUUCCACGGAUCCAAGGUCCACAUUCCCACUGCUAUUGGAAUCCUGUAACUGUCCCAUGACUCUCAGUUCCAGUACCCAGAUCACUGAAUGCAAGAGAGGAGAGUUUCAGCUGGGUUAAUAUAUUACUGGGGUUAGGAGAAGAAAAGUGUCCAGCUGCAGCUGAUAUCCUUCUUCUGGACGUCCCGAGGCAGUAACCAGCAUGUACUGUGUUAGGUGUUACUGGAGUAAAGCUGGGAAUACUCGGUAUGUCAAAGGCCUGAAGGGUUAACUCUUUCUUUCUGUGCAGGUGCUGCCUGACCUGUGAAGUGUUUCCAGUAUUUUUGUUUUCAGUUUAUUUUUUACUUGCUGAACCGGACUAUUGAGGAAUCCCUAGUUUCUCUUUGAGCAGUACAGUCAGGAGAGAUUAUCCUGUGAGGGCAUAUAUUCCACUUCUUUCCUCUUGUGUGCGUGGUCAACAAUUUCCUGGAUGUGCCCAGGAACUGCUGAAAUUACCUAAUUAAUACUACAGAGUUGACUGGUGUAUGGGACAGGUAAACACUCUUCUCCUUGCCCACCCCACACCACCCUUAGCCUGUUGCUUUCUUAGAUUAGAUUCAACUUUAUUGUCAUUGUGCCGAAUACAGAUACAAAGCCAAUGAAAUGCAGUUAGCAUCUGACCAGAAAUGCAAAGAAUAGUGUUAUUUACAAAAUAGCUGUAAAUAAAAAGUGCUACAGCACACAAAUAUAAAAGUACUGAGACAGUACAAUAUGGGUGCAAUACUGCUUAGCGCUGUGAUGUGAGGUUCAGCAGGGUCACAGCCUCAGAAGAAGCUCUUCCUGUGUCUGCUGGUGCGGGAGCAGAGGCUCCUGUAGUGCCUACUGGAUGGGAGGAGAGUAAAAAGGCCAUGAUUAGGGAGAGAUGCAUCCCUGAUAAUGCUUUUCGCCCUGCCCAGGCAGCGCUUAUGGCAGAUGUUCUCAAUGGUGGGCAAUUAGAUGGGCAGUUUUCACCAUACGCUGGAAUGCCUUGCGGUCCGAUACCUUGAUCUAUCAAAGGGCCCUCUGCUCCUGCUGUUUUAUCAGGAGGCUUGAAGUGGGACCAGCAUUUAUUCCAUUUCCUCCAGUGUUUUGUGUGUGUUGCUCUGGAAUUUCCAGCAUCUGCGGAUGUUCUUGUGUUCGGUAACUCAAGGGUGCGAGAUGAUAGUUUUGGUACAGUUGUCAUGUGUAGCAGAUGCACAGUGCUUUUGCCCGUGUCCUUUUGUGAGGAAGGUGACCUGGAAAUCUGUUUCAGUGAUACCAGCUGAGGCAUUAGUAGCGGCUGGGAUACAUCAUGAGAUUGCCAACGCUGUCUUGAAUGAUGGAAUAAGGAUCAGAUUGGUACAUUGGCCUAUCUCUUGUAAUGUAGCGUUUUAUAUUUCCGAAGAACACUAGUCUGGAUUAUGUCCUCAGAUAUUUGGAAAGGAAUUGGACUUGCAACAUCUUGACUCAAAAGCUAUGGAGCAACCUUUAAAGCCAAGGUUCACCUCAGUACUUGAACCCAAGAGCUGAAGAAUGUUCUGGUUAAUGCUGUUGUUAACAGUGGGCAAACAAGCUCCCUCUAAACCCAUUGUGAUGUGCAGCACAGUUUUAGAGCAAGGCUUAUAUUCUAUAUCACACUUAAAUGAUUGAUUAAUUGCAAUUUUAGUAUUUAUUAGCUAGAUAUUUGUGAAAUAAUGUGUGAGAAGUUGUAUGAUUCAUUAGACAUUAUAUAAUCCUUUUAUCGCUUGCAGGGAAAAGAGGUUUUUAACAUUAUAUAGAAGUUUCCAGAAAAUGAAAAUGGUGAUUUUUUUUUUCAUAAUAGCUUUUUAGAUUUUAUUUCCGAAAAUCUCCAAAUGAACAUUUUGACUUCUGCCUGAAAGGCGCUUGGCAGUAUAUUUGUGCUGAAUGCCAAGUUUGAUUCACCCCAGCCAAGGCUGAAGCAACACAGAGGAAGAGGGGUUGGGGGGGGGGGGUAGUGAGGGUACACCAGCAAGAUGCCAGCUCCUGUCCUAGUUUUCGCAGUCUAAAGGACACGCAACGCACUGCGCAUGCUGCAGACUGGAGUAACUGAACAAACUGCUGGUGAAAUUCAGUGGAAAAGCAGCAUCUGUAGAGUCUCGACCCAAAAUGGCCUGAUCCAGUGAAUUCCUUCAGUAGCUUGGGUUUUGCUGGUGUUGGCAGUGUUGGGCCACGUCAGCCAGAGUUGGACGCUUACAGCUGUUUCUGUGCCUGGGAGCAUCUCAGUUCUGACUGGCAUCCAGACAAACACCAUUGCUUGGGCAGGGAUGAACUUGGAUGAACAUCUGGCUGACCUCAUCACUACCGCAUACCCUCUCCUUAGCCUUCUGCCCCACGCUCAUGAUGGGAUGAGCUGUAAUGGCCCAUUGCUUCACUGUGAACCCAAACCCAAGAACAGUUUGUAAAUGUUCAGAUGCAAGUACGUAAACUUACAUUACUAUCCACGUAAGUGACCAGUUCAGUCUUCAGCAACGAUUGUUUAAUUUUAAUUCAGCAGGGUGAGAAAGUAAUUAAAUGGAAUAGAAAUGAACCUUCCUGGAGGAAAUGUCGAUGCUGUGACUUUGGGUGACCUUUGUAACAAGGGUCAUUGUGAUGGUUUAGAGUCAUGUGAUGCUGGGCUCUGUAUUAAACCUUGUCUCGUGGCUUCCAAUCUAAUAAGCUCACUUUAAGCAAUGUUUUAUAUUGUUACAUUUGUGCAAUAAUUUAAUAAAUACAUCAGGAUGCAAAUUCGUCAUGACUUCUAGUAUGAAGGAUGUGCUGGAGUCAAAGUAGUUGUCCAGUUAUUAAGGGUUCUUCUCCAAUGGAAUUUUAUUUCAUUUAGGUGCAUUUAGGUUUUCUGACAUUUCAGCUCCCAAAGGUGGGCUGUGGAAUUUGGAAUUAUGGGCCACGUCACUGGAGAGGGCAAAUUCUGGGAGGUAGGA